GCGUUAUGCCGCCAUGUGGGAGUCUUUGCCACCCCCUUGUAUGCAAGCGAAGAGAUAACGCCAGUGAGCCAGUGCGCCGGAUUAGGCCUAGGUGUGCUGUCUGAGAGAGGCCAGACUCGGCGAUGUCGGCAAGAAUGGCUAAGGAUAAUUUAAUUUCGAAGAUAUCACGCAAUACAACCUAGCUUAUUGCGCAAUCAUGUCCGAGGAAUGACAGGCAAGGUAACAGAAGAUCUAUGGGUCAUCGGACUAAAUAUAAAUGCUUCUUACUAUAAAAGUGGAUCAUGGAUUGUCUCGCCCUACAGCCAUCACACGAUCAUUCCUGGCUUUUUCGCUGAGGUAUAUUCUAUCCGGUAUAUACUUCAUGCACCUAGCAGGGGUGACUACGCAGGUAAACCAUAUGAAAUAUCUAUCUUGACACCAAUCAACCGGGGCGUCUCGAUAUUCUCGCUACACCGUUCAAAAGCCUUAUGCGGCCGCUGCAGCCUGAAUAAACAGGCAUUCCCACUUAUCCCAAUAGUCACAGGCAGCGUCGCAGCCCUGGUAACGAUACACAGAAUACAAGUCCGAUCAAUGGCAGUGACAAUCGCACUCUGUGCUGUCAAACAGAAGACUAGACCCACUGCCUUCAACUCCCACCAGCCGAUAUCGAAAUGCAAUGACAGAUUAUAUCACCCAGAACCUACCUGGAAGCCAACUAAGAUUAUAAUCGUCAGCAUUUGAUACAGGAGUUUGCUAUUAACUGCGGGUUUUGUUUACUAUCUGGUUAGUCCAGGACACUGCGCUUA